AUGGCGGACUACGACCGCAGAGGGGGCGGCGGCGGCAGCAGCUACAACCCCAAGAAGCGCCGUUACCGAGACGACGACGAGCACGACCGCCGCGGCGCGCGCCGGCGCUAUGACGCGCCGCCGCACGUGCGGGUGCGCAAGCAGCUGGUGGCCAUCGCGGAGAACCCGAUGCGCCCCUGGCACGAGGAGGCGCAGGCCAUCGCCACGCUCUUCACCGACAACUGGGACGACGAGCUGCUGCGCGCCAACUUUGUCGACCUCGUCCUGCAGCUGGCCGUCGAGCAGCCGCUCAAGACGCCGUUUGUGGCCGCCGUGGUGCUGCUGGCGAAUACGGCUCGGCCCGAGGUGGUGGAUAUGCUGUUGGCGAAGUUGGGGCCGUUGGUGGAGGGCAAGAUUGGCGCUGGCGAGUGGAGGGAGGCGAAGCUUUAUUUGAAGCUGUUGGCGUGCUUGCAGGGGUGUUUGGAGGGGGAGGGCGUGUUUCCCGUGCUGGAGGAGUUGUUUGCGAGGGCGGUGGACUUGCAGACGGCGAGUUCGGAGGAUACGAUUGGCACCGAGAUUGUCAAGAUCAUUCUCCUGACGCUUCCGUACAUCAUGGUCGCUGCGCCGGGGCAGUGGGUGCAAAAGGCGGUGGACCUGAUGGAGAAGACCGAGAUUAUCGCCUCGGAGCCGCAGACACUCCAGGCGCUCAUCGAACCGUACCAGCCAGACGCCGAGGGGGAGAGCCCGCCGCAACCCCAGAGUCUAAUUGGGCUGCUGCAGAGCCAGCUUCAGAACGAAGCCAACAAUGGGUCGAGCAGCGGUCGAAGCUCGACGAUGCCCCGAAACAUGCGCUCCCCACCCAUUACCAUCCCCGAGACGGUCGUUGCCGGGCCGCGACCGCUGUUCCCGGAGAUCUACCUCUCGGUCUACGCGGGACAGGACGUAGAGUCGGUGCCUCCCCUGACCCACAUUGCUGCGUCUGUGAUUCGAGAUGCGCUGCUGGACACGAUCAACGUCCUCCACAUCAACCGCAACGUCACAGCGCGGCAUCUGAUUGACCUGGACUGCUACUUUUCUCCGCGGACCUUUGCGGCGAGGGCUACACCGUUCGACAAGUUGCGGGAUAUCGAGCCGCCCAAGUCUACGUGGAAGCCAGAAGAUGUCGCAGUGGACGCCGUAUUUUCGCAGCUAUUCCAGCUGCCGACCCCGGAGCAGAAACUGGUCUACUACCACUCGGUCCUCACCGAGGCGUGCAAGCUCGCGCCGGCGGCGAUUGCGCCGAGUCUAGGCCGUGCCAUCCGCCACCUCUACCGCAACACACCCCGCCUAGAUCUGGAGCUUUCCUCCCGCUUCGUGGACUGGUUCGCGCACCAUCUGAGCAACUUUGGCUUUACCUGGAAGUGGACUGAGUGGGUGGAUGACGUGUCCCUGCCGGAUGCGCACCCGCGCAAGGCCUUCAUCGCCGGAGCCCUCGACAAGGAGAUCAGGCUCAGCUUCGCACAGCGCAUCAAGAACACCUUGCCAGACCCAUACAAGGAGAUGAUCAGCCCGGAGAAGGAAAAGGAUAUGCCGGACUUUAAGUUUUCUAAAGAUGGUAGGUUCCUCAUCACUCUUAGCUUUCAGCCCAAACUAACGAAAAUAGACACCCCCUUCGCAGCCGAAGGCCGUGAGAUUGCCGGCCUCCUCAAGCGCAAAGCGGACGACGAAGAGAUCGAUGCCGUCAUCCAGCGCAUCCAGUCACAGGCCAUUGACCGCGAGAUCGACGCGUUGGUGGCGAGCACCGACGUGUUCGUAACGUGCGUGUUGCACGUCGGCAGCAAGUCCCUCUCCCACGUGCUCGCGGCCAUCGAGCGCACCAAGGACCGGCUCGCCGACGCGGGCGCCGCCUCGGACGCCGCACGCUCCCAGAUCAUCUCGGCUACCAUGGCCUACUGGUCCGCCCACCCGGGCGUCGCCCUCUCCAUCAUCGAGAAGCUGCUCAACUACAGCAUCCUCACCCCGGAGACCGUCAUCACCUGGGCCCUCGUCAGCCGCGCCGGCAACACCCGCGGCGAGGCCCUCUCGGUCUCCCACGUGUACGAGAUGGUGUUCAACACGGUCAUCAAGGUCACCGGCCGUGUGCGCCAGCUCGUCGCCAAGCCCGCCCUCGCCGCCGAGGACGAGGACGAGAUCAAGGCCAUGCGCGCGCUGUUCGCCGCCAUUGAGGACGCCCUGGCCUCGUGGGCCUCGGGGAGCAAGGACGAGAUGAUCGAGUCCUCCGAGACCGAGGCCAACAGCGAGGGGGAGAAGCUCGUGCGCUCGUGGGGCGCCCGCUGGCUGCGCGUGUUUAGGCGCCGCGCCGCUAUUGAGGAGGCGUUCCUGGUCGAGGCCGAGAAGGAGAGGGCGCGGAGGGCGCAGGCCGCGGAGGCGGCGGCGGAGCAACAGCAAGGGAAUGGAGAGGCAGACACGGCGCAGCCGAUGGAGGCUGAGGACGAGAUCGCCUAG